AUGUCGGACAAUCUGAUCACUGUUGUCCCCGUCCUCGAUGGCUCGAACUGGCCACUCUGGUCACAACAGAUGAAGGCGUACCUGAUGUCCCAAGGCCUUUGGGGGCACUGUGACAGUACAAUUACUAUGCCUAGCCCUGUUGUAACCACCUACAAGGAUGGCAGCACCAGUGAAGAUACCUCUGCACGAGACGCCUGGAGACUGAAUGAUACCAAGACGAUCGGUACUAUUCGUCUUCGAUGCUCCCCUGCCGUUGCCACCCUUAUUCAAAGCAAGACAACGGCUAAAGAAACUUAG